AUGUUCUGCGGCGUACGCGAUUGCCGUUACUUCUUUCAUGAAUGGGCAGCCGCCACCGACAACGAUGACGAAGAAGAGGAAGAUCAUCAACGCCUAGUUGCUACCACGGAUCGAAUGGCUAUCGCCUCUGUCUCUUGUGACAGCUCGCUCGUAUCGGAUCUCAAUGGCGACCAAGAUCAUCACAUCUCUAUUAUCUCAAAAUCCGGCAAACUUGCCAGCGUUUUCUUUCCAUUGCCAAACGGCUCCAAUCAGACGACCUUCUACACAAACACGAGCAGUACCUGCGGUCCAGGCUGCAGCAUCGCCUCAGCUGUAGAAGUAUCAGAUGCUGACAGCUGGUACUACAACUGCACAUCAAGGGUGAGCAACGUCUUCAACAGUACUCUACCGGAGCACAAAAUGGGCGAAAGCCUCAGGUCCAUGGCUGCAGGUGGAAUUGCACUCCAAGGUUACGAUGUGACGGAGGUGCACCAAGACUUGAACGUUCAGUUCCAGACAUACCCGUCGCAGUCUGUAUUUGGACUCACAGUGGAAGGCUACGCCAAUUCUAUGGCUAUGAGUAUUGCCCGCUUUUCGAUUGGUGUAGUGGCUGUGACAGCUGAAAUCAACCCUACUCAGAUUCUCAACGGAAUGAUUCCCGUACAAGGGGAUAUCCUUGUCGUGGAGCACUGGAAUUAUGUGAUCAUGAUACUGGCCGUCGUCGUGGGGUGGCAUCUUGUCUUCGGGCUUGGUUCGGCCUUCCUAGUGAUCAAGGUUAUUAUACCUUCAGGGGGGCCUCUAGCUAUAGCCCGGGUCCUCCAACCUAUGACGAUGGUUGGAAGUAGUGGUGGGCGUUGGAAAUAUAGGUGUGUGUAUAUGCCAGAAGAGAUGUGUUACUACAUGUCCAUGGAGCAGCAGCAGCCUAAUCCAGACCUGAUGCGAUUAGCCGUCCCGGGGUAA